CGGAAAAAAUAACUGGACCUUUAACAAGCAGCGAUACUUCAGAAUUCGGAUUCCCGGAAUAAAUUAUCUAGGGUUUGCAAAAGAGGUGAAACCCGCAAAUGGAAGGCUGGGACCCGAAUACGAAGUCGACGCUAACACAGAUCCCGCUACUGACGACGAAGGCGGGUCCCAGAGACGGAGCGGCAUGGACUCAGCGGCUGAAGGAGGAGUAUAAGGCUUUGAUCGCCUACACGCAGAUGAAUAAGUCCAACGACAACGAUUGGUUCCGGAUAUCCGCCGCCAAUCCGGAAGGGACGCGUUGGACCGGCAAGUGUUGGUACGUCCAUAACCUUCUCAAGUACGAAUUCGAUCUCCAGUUUGAUAUCCCCGUUACUUAUCCAGCCACUGCUCCCGAGCUCGAGUUGCCCGAACUUGAUGGCAAGACUCAGAAGAUGUACAGAGGAGGGAAGAUUUGUCUGACCGUGCAUUUCAAGCCACUUUGGGCAAAAAAUUGUCCUAGGUUUGGAAUAGCACAUGCACUGUGUUUGGGACUUGCCCCGUGGCUUGCUGCAGAGAUUCCGAUUCUCGUCGAUUCCGGGAUGAUCAAGCAUAAGGAUGAUGCAGCCACAUCGAAUGAGUCUUAGCACGUCGAUUCUGGGAUGAUCAAGUAUAAGGAUUAUGCAGCCUCAUCGAACAAGUCUUAGAAUUUUGGAUGUUAAAGGUGAAGGUUGAGUUUUUCAUAAAUAAGCGCACGGGCAAUAAUUAUACAAUUUCAUUGACAAAUUAUUCUGUCUUGUGAUGAAUUGAUAAUGUCGAAACCUCUUGAUUUCUUACUUUUGAAAUGCAAAUAGGAUCUAAUACUGUUAUUGAA